GCUGAACGUUCACGUCGUCAAUCCGAACUCGAAUUGGCUGACGCCAAGGAAACGAUUGGUGCUCUUACGGCGAGCAAUGGACAGUUGUCAGCAAUGAAACGAAAGCUUGAAGUUGAUAUGGAUGUGAGCUCAUUGCUGCUACUAAAAUGUUUGCAGCAACUUCAUGCCGAGAUCAGUGAAGCGUUAAGUGACUUAAAAAAUACCGACGAUCGUUGUAAGAAAGCCAUGAUGGAUGCGUCACGUUUGGCUGAAGAGCUGCGCGCUGAACAAGAGCAUUCGCAGAACCUUGAUAGACAAAAGAAAGGAUUCGAGUUGCAAAUCAAGGAAAUGCAGUCACAUCUCGAUGAAGCGGAAGCAUCCGCGAUGAAAGGUGGCAAACGAAUUCUGGCAAAGUUGGAUCAACGAGUGCGGGAAUUGGAGAGUGAAUUGGCCGAGGAGUGCCGAAGACACGGCGAAACUCAAAAGACUCUUCGUAAUAAGGAUCGUCGAGUCCGUGAACUCGCGUUCCAAGUUGACGAGGACAAGAAAGCCGCUGAACGUAUGUACGAUUUGGUGGAGAAACUGCAAGGCAAAAUUAAAACCUAUAAACGACAGGUGGAAGAAGCGGAAGAGCUUGCCAAUCAGAAUUUGGCUAAAUAUCGUCAGCUACAGCACAUGUUAGAAGAUGCCGAAGAGCGUGCCGACAUCGCCGAGAAUUCUCUGUCGAAAAUGCGUGCCAAAUCCCGGUCUGGUUCAAUGAUCGGCAAAGGUUUAUCGCAUUCGGUGAGAAGUUAUCAUCACAAAAUUUGCAAAUUCAUCAUGUUUAUCAUGGAAAAGAGAAAUGUUGAGCCUCAAAUUUUCACUCUAACUCUACUUUAA